AUGGGUUUGCUUUUGGAGCUUUGGGCAGUCUACCACGGCAUUAAGCUAUUGGAAGAGUUGGGUAUCUCGCAUGCUAUUGUUGAAUGUGACAAUAAAGGUGUUGAUAUUAUCUCCGGGUCUAUGAUGCCUAUGGCUUCUUGUUUGUCUCUUGCGCGCUCUGUUCAUGAUCUCAUGGUGAUGUUGAGAGAUAUUAGUGUCGUCCAUGUGUAUAGAGAAUCCAACUUCUCUGCUGACUGGCUUGUUGGGAUUGCUAAAUCAGUUCCUUUGGGCAAACAUGUGCUUCUCAACCCUCCUACAGGAGUUCUUCCAUGGCUUGCUCAUGAGAGGGUAGGGAUUACUUAUUGUCGUUAG